AUGUUCAACAAAUCGCAAGCUCAAAGAUGGUGGGCAGAGAACUACGAGAAGGUGAUGGGACUAUACAACGUUCAACGAUUCGAUCAGGAAGCCGUCCCACUUCCAACUCCACCAAGACCAGAGGACGAGGAUGAACCUGGAGUGUACAUUACUAUCAGAGCACUAACUGAUGGCAAUCGAGAACUUAGGCGCAUCAGGUUCAGUCGAGAAAUGUUUGGAGAAAUGCAAACAAGAGUGUGGUGGGAAGAGAACAAAGCCAGGAUACAAGAACAGUAUUUGUGACACUCGUUGGACACAAAGAUCUAACAACAUUCACAGUUGAUGACAAACAAUACAUUAACCUCAAAAGUGUAAAAUCUUUUCCCGAGAAUAUAAUCAGAAGUGAGACUGCCGAGAGCAAAGUGUUUUGUUAUCCUGUUCAGAACCAACCUUGCUUGCAGGGCCUCAGAAUCGCACCAUAAAUAUUGGAGUCUGGCUCUGGUUAGGGUGUAGAAGAGCCAAUUUCUUCAUGACAUGCUGU